GGACGAUUUUUUAAUGUGGACUUUCUGGUCACUUUCUGUCCAUGAUGAAGAGGAUGAGGAUCAUUGUGCUUCUUUCCCUCACACUUGCCUUGAUCUCUCAGGGCUACAGCAAUCCUGCAGUGAUCAACAGUAGAGUGUCAGACUCAGAGAUCCAGUCUGUUUCUGAGGCUCUGUAUGCUCUAGACUCGAACAAAGCCUCACCCUCUGAAAUCAUCAUUAACCCUCAGAUCCUCAUACCUAACUCAGAGACCAGUGCUAAAAAUGACCUCUCACCACUUCCUUUGUUCAAGCAAGUGAAUGAGGCCUCCCUCUUCUCCAAGCCGACAUAUAAAGCUUUUAUUGCUUUGCUGGACAACUAUGAGAGGAAGACAGGAACGUCGGAAAGUGUAAGCUCAGUGGAGGUACAGGAGCAAGAGAAGUUCCUCAUGGAAACCAUGAAGAACACACAUCUGGGCAAAGAACUCUACUCCUUCCUCAACUCUAAAGGCUAUUACAGCUCCUGGGAUGAGUUUCUGGAGGAUCUAAAGAUGAUGUGGUUUGGCCUCUACUCCCGUAACAAUGGCAAGAUGGACUCCAGUGGCUUUGAACACAUCUUUUCAGGGGAGAUUAAGAAUGGUAAAGUGUCUGGGUUCCAUAACUGGGUGAGGUUUUACCUGUUGGAGAAACAAGGCCUGCUCAAUUAUUACAGUCACAGCUUUGAUGGCCCUUGGUUGUCUUAUCCUGAUGUUCUGGGGAUGCAGUUUAUGUGGGAUGGUUACUAUAAGCAGGUUGGCUCUGCCAUUAUUGGCAGUAGCCCUGAGUUUGACCUGGCUGUCUACUCACUCUGUUACAUCACUCGCCCUGGCAAACUGUGUCGGCUGCGUUUAGGAGGAAUGCAGCUGAAUAUCCAGACCUACACCUGGGAUAACACUACUUAUGGGGAUGGAAAGAAAUACAUUGCAUCUGCCUAUCCUGCCACGCCAUGACAGCCUGCAAACAAUGAUUAAAGUCUACCAAUCAAAUCCAGCAUAUCACCCCCCCCUCUCAUUAUUAGAGUAAUAAUAAUGACAAUUAAUAAUCUAUGAUAUAUCUACAAAUCAAAUAAAGUGAUUGAAGUUGUCAUUGUAUUUGAUUUGUAUUUGAUUAAAACUAUUUAAUUGUUCAUCUGUUACAUCACAUGCCCUGGCAAACUGAGUCAGCCCUGUUAUUCACUUCUCCACGCUCCUUCAUGGUUUCAUUUGCAGUGUUAAAAUUGUUCUUUUGCAGUACUUACACAUCCCCUUUUUGUCAGCAAUGUUGCUCGUUUUCCAUGUAAUGGCAUAAUAAUCCAUAACAAUAAAUUCUCAUCAUGCUGCA